AUGGUGAGUUCAUUGGAGAAACAAAACUUGUUGUAUCUGCACAACUAGUGAUUCACUUCAAUACGAACAAAUCUCCAUUUAUAUCCCAAGGACGACAACCCCUUGUGACACAAGCACCCUCCCCAUUUCCUUACAAGGAUAACAAAGCAGUUCCAUGGAGAUACAGUGCACAAGAAAUGAAUAAUGGGCAACAUGAGGAAACAAUGAAUAAAGUCUCUAAUGUUGACACCUCGACCAACAACAACAUCUCUAGCAUAGGUAAUGUGGCCAGAAGUGGUCGUUUCUCUAUACCACUGAAAUGA